AUGGGUCCGCCCCCGCUGCUGCCCCCGCUGCUGCCCCUGCUGCUGCCCCUGCUGCCGGCAGCUUCUCUGCAGGCUGGUGGCUCAGCAGAAUGCGAGUUAAACCCUACCCAUGGAGUCUACCAACCAGAGCACCUCUCAGCCCCUGAGGGUGGCUCCAUCAACAUCCCCUUCUCCUUCUGCUACUCCUGGGAGUUAGCCAGCGAUCCCAACGUGCGUAUAUCCUGGCGAUGGAAACACUUCCAUGGAGAGUUCAUCUACAACACAACCCUGCCGUUCACCCAUAAGAAUUUUAAAAACCGCCUCUUUCUGAACUGGACAAAGGGCCAGACGAGUGGCUCCCUCCGGAUCUCUAACCUGCGGAGAGAGGAUGAGAGUAACUACUUCUUCCGAGUCCGGUUGACCACACGGAAAGAUGGCGAGAAGGUGUGGCAGUCCAUCAACGGGACCCACCUCACCAUCACCAAAGGUCUGCAGACUAAAUGUGAGAAGGAUGAUGCUCAAGGUGGAAAAACAGCAAGAGCCCCAGACAGGGGAUCCUUCCCUAACGCUGAGGAGGAGAACGAGAACAUUGGGCAUAAAGGACUACAUAGAAACUCCAAGUCGGACCCAAAGGUUGAUGGCAUCCUCUAUGCCUCGCUUACCCUCUCCAAUUUGACCUCACCCUCACCGUCAGCACCUCCUCGCCACCUUCUCCACGAGAGCCCCCAGGAAGAGACCCUAUACUCUAUCUUAAAGACUGAAUGA